GAGUCGGGCAUCGCUCUUCAGAGAGCAGGUGUGCGCGUCUCGGAGCCCGCGGCUGACUUCGGCUCGUUCAGAUUUGUGGGUUUUGCAGGAGUUUUGCAGGGGUUUAGCCAUGCUGAGGGCGGCCAACACGAUCCGCAGGACCUUUUCGACAAGCUCCGCCUACUACCAAAAUAAACUGAAGCUGGCCCUGAUUGGCCAGAGCCUCUUUGGUCAGGAAGUGUACACAAACCUCCGGAAGCAAGGCCAUAAAGUGGUGGGGGUGUUCACCGUUCCAGAUAAGGAUGGAAAGGCAGACCCACUUGCUGUGGCGGCGGAGAAAGACGGCACGCCGGUGUUUAAGUUCCCCCGCUGGCGUGUGAAGGGGAAGCCGAUCUCUGAGGUGGUAGAUACUUACAAGGCUGUGGGCGCUGAGCUCAACGUCCUGCCGUUCUGCUCCCAGUUUAUCCCCAUGAAUGUGAUCGACCACCCCAAACACGGCUCCAUCAUCUACCACCCAUCCCUCCUCCCGAAACACAGAGGAGCCUCUGCCAUCAACUGGACUCUGAUUGAAGGUGAUAAGAAGGCCGGCUUCUCUAUAUUCUGGGCUGACGAUGGUUUGGACACUGGUCCUAUUCUGCUGCAGAAGGAAUGUGCAGUGGAGCCCAGUGACACGGUGGACACGCUGUACAACCGCUUCCUCUUCCCAGAGGGAAUCAAUUCCAUGGUGGAGGCUGUGCAGCUCAUUGCAGAUGGAAAAGCUCCCAGAAUCCCUCAACCCGAGGAGGGGGCGAGUUACGAGGGAAUCCAAAAGAAAUCUAAUGCCAAGGUGAACAUGGCUCAGCCUGCUGAAGUUAUUCACAACUGGAUUCGUGGCCAUGAUAAAGUUCCAGGAGCGUGGGCAGUCCUUGAUGGGCAGCCGGUUACGCUGUAUGGCUCAUCGCUGCUGAGCAGCCCAGUUCCUGCAGGUCAGCCGCUGGAAGUGGAGGGAGCAUCUCAGCCUGGGCUCAUCACCAGCUCAGGCCUCGUGCUCUUUGGCUCUGAUGGAAAAGCGCUCCAGGUGAAGAGUCUGCAGUUUGAAGAUGGGAAGAUGAUUCCAGCUGCAAAGUACUUCUCAUCAGGAGAUACUACCAGCAUAGAGCUGACUGAGGAGGAGAAGAAGAUGGCAGAGGAGAUCAGGGUGAUCUGGAAGGGCAUUCUGAGCAACGUGCCAGUAAUUGAGGACACAACUGAUUUCUUUAAGUCUGGGGCAGCAUCUAUGGAUGUGGUCAGGCUGAUAGAAGAGAUCAAGCCGAAGUGUGCAGAUGUUCAGCUGCAGAAUGAGGACGUGUACAUGGCCACCUCCUUCCACGAUUUCAUCCAGAUGUUUGUACGACGUCUGAGAGGGGAGGACCAGGAGGAGGAGCUGGUCAUCAACUAUGCAACAAAAGACAUUAAUAACAUGACCCUGAAGAUGCCCUAUCAGUGUUUCAUCAAUGGGAAGUUUGAGGAUGCAGAAAAUGGCAAAACAUACGACACGGUCAACCCCACUGAUGGCUCUGUGAUCUGUAAGGUUUCAUUUGCCUCUGUGGCAGAUGUGGAUAGGGCAGUGGCAGCAGCUAAAGAGGCCUUUGAGACUGGCCCCUGGGGCAAGAUGAACCCUCGUGACCGUGGCAGACUGCUAUACAAACUGGCUGACCUCAUGGAGGAGCAUCAAGAGGAGUUGGCUACUAUUGAGGCCAUUGACUCAGGAGCUGUGUAUACAUUAGCACUAAAAACUCAUGUAGGAAUGUCCAUUCAGACCUUCAGAUACUUCGCGGGCUGGUGUGACAAGAUCCAGGGCACAACAAUUCCCAUCAAUCAGGCCAGACCCAACCGCAACCUGACCUUCACCAAGAAAGAACCACUGGGAGUUUGUGCUAUUGUGAUCCCGUGGAACUACCCUUUAAUGAUGCUGGCCUGGAAGAGUGCAGCUUGUUUGGCAGCUGGAAACACACUCGUCCUAAAACCUGCACAGGUGACUCCUUUGACAGCACUGAAGUUUGCUGAGUUGACAGUUAAAGCAGGAAUUCCUAAAGGUGUCAUCAACAUCAUACCAGGAUCAGGUGGUCUGGUAGGACAGAGGUUGUCUGAUCACCCUGACAUUCGUAAGCUGGGUUUCACUGGCUCCACCCCCAUUGGCAAACAGAUUAUGAAAAGCUGUGCAGUCAGUAAUUUGAAGAAGGUUUCCCUGGAGCUGGGUGGUAAAUCCCCCCUCAUUAUCUUCAGUGACUGUGACAUGGACAAGGCUGUGCGGAUGGGCAUGAGCUCUGUAUUCUUCAACAAGGGAGAGAACUGCAUAGCUGCAGGCAGGCUGUUUGUGGAGGAGUCCAUUCAUGAUGAGUUCAUCGCGCGAGUGGUUGAGGAGAUUAAGAAGAUGAAGAUUGGGGAUCCUCUGGACCGCUCCACGGACCAUGGACCCCAGAACCAUAAGGCCCACCUGGAUAAGCUGGUUGAGUACUGUGACAUUGGGGUGAAGGAGGGUGCCACAUUGGUCUACGGAGGAAAACAGGUUGAUCGACCUGGAUAUUUCAUGGAGCCCACAGUGUUCACAGAUGUAGAGGAUCACAUGUUCAUUGCUAAGGAGGAAUCAUUUGGCCCUGUCAUGGUGGUAUCCAGAUUUAAAGAUGGUGAUGUGGAUGGAGUGCUAAGUAGAGCAAAUGACACCGAGUUUGGUCUGGCCUCUGGAGUCUUCACACGGGACAUCAACAAAGCCAUGUACGUCAGCGAGAGGCUGGAGGCUGGAACUGUGUUUGUCAACACUUACAACAAGACGGAUGUGGCCGCGCCCUUCGGAGGCUUCAAGCAGUCUGGCUUUGGAAAGGACCUUGGUGAGGAAGCUCUUCAUGAGUAUCUCCGGACCAAAGCAGUGACGGUGGAGUAUUAGGAGAAAACCCUUUGCUGCUACUGGACUUUGGGCUGGACUGCCGGGCAGUGGACAGAACUGCUGCUUGCACACUUCAUCCGCUGUCUUGCUUGGGCUUUCGCUCAGAACUGGUUUGAUCAGGGGGUUAAAAAAAGCACUCCCUGCCAAGACUUUACUUUUGUGCCUACGUUUUCUAUCAGUUUGUCUCCAGAACAUGCCUUUCUGCUCGGAAGGGGAAACGUUAGUUUUCCGUGCCAAGGCAGCUCAAAGACAUCUAAUAGUACCAUGUGAAAAACAUGGAUCAUUGAGGUCUUUCUUUUGGCAUCAGAACACGGUCAUCAACAAGACACUGCCAAUAUCUGACUGACAACAUAUUGAAGUGAAAAAGGAAGCUUUCUGCCUGUUACAUCAAUCCAUUCACAGAACGUCGGUUCACGUAAAGUAUUUUGUCUUAAGAUCAUCAAAAGCUGGUUUAUGUUGCUUGAUACUUUAGGAAAUGUUAUACUGGUAUAUCACAAUGGUAGGUGAUUCAUAUUCACACCCUUUUAGCCAAUCUCAUUUGACAUUAAUAUACAUGUACAUAUUUUAUAGAGAACAAGAUACAUUAAACUUCUAUAUAUUUUUAAUUUUGCAUUCCACACAGGAAAUACAGGAUGACUGUAAUCAGUAAAGUAUAUGGCUGUUGACGGAACAAAACCUUGUAUCUCCAAAAUGGUAACUAAAAAAAAAUGCUUUAGUUUUAAUGUAGAUCAGUGGAACCGGAUUGUUUACAAGUAAUUUUGAGCCGUUUCUUUCGGACCAUUCAUCGUGAAAUUUACACACAAUGUAAAGGAGAAUAGGCGUUUUCAAAUUAGGUCAAAAACUGAAAAUAGACAAAAAACAGAGAUACAAGAUUUUGUAUCUCAACAGCGAUAAGGAUGAGCUGAGAAGUGUAGCAAAAAGGAAACUCAUUACAUUGGGCAGGAAAUGUCUUCAGCACGGAUCUCUCAAGUCCAUUUCCCCCCAAAACUCCUCAGGUUGGAUUUGCUGGACACAGAUUAAGCCUAGUGUUGGACUAAAGAGGUUAAUAGGAAGAAUUCCAGUUUGACAGAGUGAUGUAAUCCAUUAUUAGAUGUAGCCUAGUCUGUCUGGAAAGCUGCAAGGAAACAUUACCAAAAACACACUGUGAGUCUUUUCAUUUGAGUAAACACUUUACUGUAGGAAGGUUUAUAAGGCUGUUUAGAAUCUUUCUGAAUGUUACGUAGUGUGUUAUGUGUGCUUUGUGCACACACAAGGACUAAAUCAUACUGCAAAUUAUUGUGCAAAAGUUUGUGCCCCCCAGUCAGAUGACAUUUUGUUGAUUUCAGUGAAAAUAAGUCGCACAUCCUCUACAGAGAACACACUUCUGCACAUUUUAAUACACAAUUACUGUUUAUUUGUUCAUUUUGUUAUUUUGCAAAAGUUAUGGCAUAUUUUAUAUUUUAUUUUAUGUUGCACUAAUGAGUAGAAAUAGUGCACUAAAAUAUCUAAUGCCAUACUAAAAUGACAUAUUUUACUUUGUUCCCUGUAGAAGAUGUGUUAACUUACUUAAUUUGACCAAGCACGUUCAAAAUCUUGCAUACAAAUGUAUAUAACAUUCAUAAAGGCUGGGUGAAUAACAACAUAGGCAAUCUAGUGAAACUCACAUGAUCAACACUUUCGGUCCUUUUUGAACUAGGUAGUAUAUGGGGGGGGUUUCACUGACAGUAUUUAUUUUACCAAGCAGCCAGAACUGUUUCUAUCUGCAAUAAAAUGUGAAGGAGCAUGAACAAUUUCUACAUAAAAAUGUUCUUUUAUUUGUGUUUUACAAAUCAUGUCAGACCAUCUCAGUGUUUUUGAUGCCCCUCAUCACUGCCUUUUAGGGCUAUCAUGACUGAUUAAAAUUGAAUAUUCAAUUAAAAAAAUCACAAAUGAA